AUGGCAUUAGAAGAAACGCAGGCGGCGAUUGUCUCCCACGGAGAAGCUGUCCGAAAGGUCCUACAAGGCCAUAACUCCUAUAUUACUUCUGCUCUUCUCCACUUAGAAGACCAGGAGAAUAGAAGCAGGCGGAAGAAUGUCCGCAUAAGGGGGGUUCCUGAGACCGUGCCCCCUGGGGAGAUCUAUUUUGAGCGACAAUGUAACCUGCACCGAAUAGAUAGAGGAGAGUGGGUCGCAAUAUUGUCAGGCAAACUGUCAGGCAAAGCUUCUGAUGCUUUCCGGACCGUGCCAGAGCAGGAGAUCCAUAGCUACGCCAGGGUUAAAGAAGUGCUCCUGGCUCGUUAUGCAGUAACCCCGGAGUCCUACCGACAAAAAUUCAGGGACUCACGCAAAACCGCAAAAGACUCUUACGUGGAAUGGGCAUGCCAGUUAUCCCUGUCGGCCUCUAACUGGGUCAACAGCAGCCAGGCCACCACCGCAGAGAACAUUUUGCAACUAAUGCUCCUGGAACAAUUUUACGAUCACAUCCUGACGGAUGUCAAAGACUGGGUAAGAGAUCACCGGCCCAUGACUCUACCAGAGGCCGCUAAGUUGGCGGAUGAAUAUGCGGAUACUCGCAAGACGAACCCGGUCACACCACAGGUACAACCUCCACAACCAACGGUGCCCUCAUACCCACCCGCCGCUAGAUACCAACCUCCUAACAGACCGGUGACAUCUAGCCCUCGCUAUCCACGCCAGGAGGACAAUGAACAACGCUGCUUCCGGUGCAAACAGCUGGGUCACUACAAGCAGAAUUGCCCCAUGGACAACAACACCAGGUCAAAUUGGUCUCGACCUGGGUACCGCCCCCCAGCAGCAGCCCAUUGUGUAGACUCGGCUUGGGAUCCCCAGGAACUGGGUCAGGAAGAACCAUUGGGCACCCUUUACGAAGCCCUCAUGGUACAAUCUGUUAUUACGGACAACAGGAAACACCAUUGUCAGCUGGUCAUGGUUAACGGAAAAACCGCCCGGGGAUUGAGAGACAGUGGGGCAACCAUCACGUUGGUACAAAGACACCUUAUUAAGGCAUCAGAGAAACCGGGGAAAUCAAUUGCUGUAAGCCAACCCAACCUACCCUUGACUGUAGAACCCCUACCCUGGGACACCCCAGAGGACUUUGGGCGGGAGGCGACCGGAGACCCUUCCCUCAGAAAGUAUCGAGAGAAAGCCAGGAGGGGCCAAGGGGGAUUAGAGAAGGAGCAAUUUAUCUGGGAGAACGGCCGCUUGUACAGGCUCACCGAGACCCGGGGUAAUGCACCAGGGCCUAAGCAAAAACGCCAGCUGGUAGUUCCCCGGAAAUACCGGCAGGACUUAUUGAGGAUUGGGCACGACGUACCCUUGGCAGGCCAUUUGGGAAUACGCAAGACAGGGUAUCGGGUAACCCAGAACUUCUUCUGGCCUGGGGUAUCCGACGACGUCAGGGCGUAUUGUCAAACGUGCGAGGUAUGCCAACGUAUAGGUAAAAAGGGAGACCACCCAAAGGCUAAACUAGUUUCCAUGCCCAUUAUUGAAGAACCGUUCACAAGGGUAGCCGUGGACAUUAUAGGGCCCCUGGCCCAACCUAGCCGUUCCGGCAAGCGGUAUAUACUCACCAUAGUAGACUACGCCACCCGUUACCCCGAAGCGGUAGCUCUCUCUAACAUACAGGCUGAGACCGUAGCAGAGGCCCUAGUUAAAGUAUUUUCCCGAGUAGGCUUUCCCAAGGAGGUUCUGUCCGACCAAGGUACCCAAUUCACAGCCGAGGUAACCCAGCAGAUAUGGAAAACCUGUGGAGUUAAAUCCCUGACUAGCUCCCCAUACCAUCCCCAGACUAACAGCCUGUGCGAACGCUUCAACGGAACGCUAAAGCAAAUGUUGAAGUCGUUCACGGGGGCAUACAAGGAUUGGGAGCGAUUCCUGCCACACCUUCUCUUUGCCUACCGAGAGGUGCCGCAGGAAUCGACCGGAUUCUCACCCUUCGAACUUCUCUAUGGGAGGCGGGUGAGGGGGCCCUUAGAUCUCAUCAAGGAUCACUGGGAGGGGCAGACAGAGAUUGAGGGGACCCCGGUUGUACCUUAUGUCCUGGAGCUGAGGGACCGCAUGGAGGAAUUAGCCCAGACAGUGCGAGAGAACCUCCGGGCGGCCCAGCAGCGCCAGAGGGUAUGGUAUGACCGACGGGCUAGGCACCGGAGCUUUCAGAUAGGCCAAAAGGUCAUGGUAUUAAGACCGGUCCGAACAGACAAGCUCCAGGCCGCCUGGCAGGGCCCCUAUAAAGUUAUAGGACAGAUAUGCGACACGACCUACACGAUAGCCAGCUGCGAGGAUGAAGAUGUGAAACGAACCUUUCACAUCAACAUGCUCAAGGCCUAUCAGGAACGGGAAAUAGAUGAGAUGCUUCAGCUAGGCGUAAUCGAGCCCUCAGAAAGUCCUUGGGCCUCGCCGGUAGUGUUAGUGCCAAAGAAGGAUGGGACAACCCGCUUCUGUGUAGAUUACCGGCGCCUCAACGACAAGACAGUUACAGACGCCUAUCCGAUGCCACGGAUGGAUGAGCUGCUUGACCGUAUCUCUGCAGGAAAGUAUCUGACCACAAUAGACCUAUGCAAGGGAUAUUGGCAGAUUCCCCUAGCAGAAGAUGCCAUACCCAAGUCGGCCUUCAUCACCCCGUUCGGCCUAUACCAAUUCCGGGUUAUGCCGUUCGGGAUGAAGAACGCCCCGGCCACCUUCCAACGGAUGGUGGAUCAGUUACUUGGGGGUCUCCAGAGCUUUGCAUGCGCUUACCUGGAUGACAUCGCCAUCCACAGCGAUACCUGGGAAGCGCACCUAGAGCACAUAGGGGUAGUAUUAGAUAGGAUCAGGGGGGCCGGGCUGACCCUGAAACCCGACAAAUGUCACUUGGGUAUGGCGGAGGUACAAUAUUUGGGCCACCGAGUAGGAUGUGGUAAGCAACGGCCGGAGCCGGCUAAGAUCGAGGCCGUUGCCAAUUGGCCCACUCCCCACACCAAGACACAAGUCAUGGCUUUCUUAGGCACAGCCGGCUAUUACAGACGCUUUGUACCCGACUAUAGCGCCCUGGCCAAACCCCUGACCGACUUGACCAAAAAGAAGCUACCCCGACAAGUCCUGUGGUCCCCGGAAUGCGAGGUGGCUUUCCAAGCACUAAAGACUGCUCUGGUUAAUGCUCCGGUGUUGGUUACCCCAGAUCCUAACAAAAGAUUUAUUGUCCACACGGACGCUUCAAUGUUUGGACUGGGGGCAGUACUAAGCCAGAUCGGGGAGGAUGGAGGUGAGCACCCGGUGGCAUACCUGAGUCGGAAGCUGUUGCCAAGGGAGGUCAGCUAUGCCACCAUUGAAAAAGAGUGUUUGGCCUUGGUGUGGGCACUCAAAAAGCUCACACCUUACCUUUAUGGCCGGGCGUUCACUCUCAUCACCGAUCACAACCCCUUGGUGUGGCUUAACCGGGUUUCAGGGGACAACGCCCGUUUGCUACGCUGGAGCUUGGCCUUACAGCCC